AAUCUUGUCAGGCUCUCGGCCGCUGAGCUCCGUGUGGGACUCCGAGGCCGGCGGGUGGCAGGUGCGGGAGGAGGCUGGUCGCCACGUCGGGGCAGGCGCUGGCGUUCUGCUCCCUUUCGUCAGUUCUCGAGGCUGAGGUCAGGAACCAGAGCGGCGGCCGGCGCAGCCCCGGGGCCAUGGAGUCCCGGAGCCCCGGAGCCCCGGGCAUGGCGGCCUCGGAGGCGGCGCCCGCUCUGGCUGAGGACGCGGGGUCGGCGCCCUGGGCGCAGCUGGACACCCCCGCCCGGUUCCUGCUGCAGGCGCUGCAGUCGGGGCCGGAGGGGGCGCGGCGCGGCCUGGGGCUGCUGCGGGCGCUGGGCAGUCGCGGCGAGGAACCCUUCUGCUGGGACCACGUCCUAGAGGCGCUGUGCCGGGAGGAGCCCGUCGUGGAGGGCCCGGACUGUCGCCUGGAGCUGUGCCCCUUGUAUGUGAUGACAAGCAGCCCUGCAAAAUCACAUAGAGAAGAGCAGAGGCGUGAUGGCAGGAGGCCACUGCUGCUGCGAUUGCCCCCGUUAUGCCAGAGGAACCUGAUGUCUCUGCUGAUGGCUGUCCGGCCCUCGCUGCCCGAGAGCAGCCUGCUCCCGGUGCUGCAGAUUGCACAGCAAGCGCAACAAGCCGACGCCUGGCUCCGGGCCCUGGGGCAGUUGCUGCGGAGGGACCUGAGCGCCGGGGUAGCGGUUGAGGGAGCGGGCCCCCUGUCUACACACUGCCAGAGAGAGCUCCAGGGCCUGUGCGGGCGGCUGCGCCAGGGAGGCCGGAGGCUGCAGUUAGCCCAGGCUCCCGUUCCCGACGAGGAAGAGAAGGAGGGCCAGGACUCCCCGCGGCCUGGGAAACGCAGAAAGGGGCCAGAGGAAGAGCUUGCCAGUCCUGAGGGCCAGAGGGCCCCCAAAAGGUUCCGGCGUUUGGAAAGGGAAGGGGAAGGAGGUCAGGAGGAGGAGAGACGUGAACCUGAAUCUUUGGAGACCCGGGCAGCUGGAGGAGGUGCCUCACCCAUCAAGAACCAGCCUGUCAGAGCCGAGCCCAGGGAGGCUGGUCAGAGUCUGGAGGAGGCUCAGGGCCUAGCCGAGAAUUUGGAGUUGCCCAAAGCUGUCCAGGACCAGGUUCCCAGGCUGCAGCAGCUACUCAAGACCUUCGGGGAGGGGUCGGAGGGCGCCCCCCCGCCUGAGCUGCAGCUUCUCCAUGAAUGCAGUCCUAGCCAGAUGGACCUGCUCUGUGCCCAGCUGCAGCUCCCGCAGCUCUCGGACCCAGCUCUCCUGCAGCUCUGCACCUGGCUCCUGUCCAUUUCACCGGAUCUUAGCCUUAGCAAUGCGACCGUUCUGACCAAGAGCCUCUUCCUUAGACGGAUUCUCUCCCUGACUUCCUCAGCCUCCCGCCUGCUCAUGACUGCCCUGACCUCCUUCUGUGCCAAGUAUGCCUAUCCUGUCUGCAGAGCCCUUCUUGGCCCCAUGCUCCAGGCCCCAGGAACAGGUCCAGCUCAAACAGAGUUAUUGUGUUGCCUUCUGAAGGAUGAGGCCCUGGAGCCAGACAUGCAGCUUCUAAUGCUGGGACAGAUCUUGGAGCUGCCCUGGAAAGAGGACACUUUCUUGGUGUUGCAGUCACUGCUGGAGCGGCAGGUGGAGAUGACCCCUGAAAAGUUCAGUGUGUUGAUGGAGAAGCUCUGUAAAGAGGGGCCAGUGGCCACCACAUCUGUGGCCUAUGCCAAGCUCAUGCUGACGGUGAUGACCAAGUAUCAGGCCAGUAUCACUGAGAUCCAGAGGCUGGGCCUGGCCACAGCCCUAGAGCUCAACACCACUUUCCUGAGGAAGUCCCUGAAGGCCGCCCUGAGACAUCUGGCCCCCUGACCAUGCACUAAGGGACCACACUCCUGGAGCUCCCUCACCAGCUGCCUGAAGGAUACUUCUGCCCUCAGCACCUCAUCCUGACCCCUUGCCUGGGGGUAAAGGCUGAGCCUGGCCAACCCAGGGGUCCGCUGCCUCCCUGUUCCAGGAUGCAGAGAGGACAUCUUGGCCUCCCAGCCAGCAGGGAAGGUCCUGGGCUAAGCAGCCUUGAUGAGCUUUAUUUCCAAGGGAUGCUGACUUUGGGCUCACUCCUUGUCACUUUUACUUCAGACCGUGGGGACAGAAACUUUCUGAAAAGCCUCAGUAGGGUCAAAGCAGACCUAGGUAGAUGAAUGAUGCUUCAGGAUCCCUGAGGUAACCUGUGUCCUCAGCACAAAUCUCUUGCGCUCAAGUGUAUGUUAUGACCCUCUGUGUUCCGACUUGGAUAAUUUAUUAAAAAGCAGUUAUUUAAUAAAAAGCAGGAAGUUUUAAUGUUUUCUUCAAAGCAACGGCUGCCUUCCUAUGAACUCUGGGUAUUUGUUGAAACCCAACAGACACCACCACCACCCACCCUACUCAGUGACAAGGGGCAUCUUUUUCCUGGUGAAGGUGACAAAGUUCUCAAGUUCAUUCAUUCAGGUUCUUGGCGAUGAUGUGUGAUACCACUCCCCUCAGCCCUAUCAGAGCUGUCUGUUAAGUGGGUGAAGUGUGCACUGACCCCUGGGGAAUAGGGCCUUGAAGGUGGGUGCAGCUGUCUGGAGUUGGAGAAGGUUUGUUCAUAGUAAACACUUAACUGGGUAGGUGUGAUUCAAUCAGCUAUCAGCUACCUUCCCAGCUCUUCCCCACUGCAGGCUUCGAGGGGCCGGGAACAGAACUUUCACGACAUUUCCCUUCUCACGACUUCUCUGAAACCAUGAGCCCCAGAGCAAGAUGAUUAGGGAGAGGUCAGGAGUAAAGCCUGCUUUUGAGACCCGAAGCAGAUGCGGUGGGCAGAAAAGGGUGGAGGGACAAACAUGCGGGAACUGCACGCUCUCAGCGGCCAUCACGCUGCGGUGCCCAGGACCAGCCUCUUAAGUGGCCGGCAGUAGCAGGCGCCAAUGGGGAUGUUGUCCGCGUGCCACGGGGCGCCC